AGGGGAAGACAAGGCUACCGAUGUUUUACUGUAGUGGACUGUGGAGCGUCACCUUAAAACCACCUCCCCUCUGCCUGGGCAGCUUUCUCAUGACCGUUCUUUUCUCUUCUUCCGUCUUCGUCCCUUCUGUGUGCUCCCUCUUCCAACACCCUUCCCUGCUUCUCCCCACCUCUGUCUGUCUCCGUCCCUCCCUGCCUGGCUCCCGCCGAGGGCAGGCACCUCUGUCAGCCUCCUCGCAGUGGUAGUUAUUGUGUGUGGCGUGGCCCUGGUGGCAGUUUUUCUCUUUCUCUUUUGGAAGCUGUGCUGGACGCCCUGGAGGAACAAGGAGGCCUCUAGUCCCUCUUCUGCUAACGCCCUCCCAGAGGCCCUUCGGAGCCCCCGCUCCAGAGGCAACAUGGCUGACAAGCUGAAGGACCCUAACACCCUGGGCUUCCUAGAGGCGGCUGUGAAGAUCAGCCACACGUCCCCAGACAUUCCGGCUGAGGUGCAGAUGUCGGUCAAAGAACACAUCAUGCGUCACACGCGGCUGCAGCGACAGACCACAGAGCCAGCGUCAUCCACCAGGCACACGUCCUUCAAGCGCCACCUGCCCCGGCAGAUGCCCGUCUCCAGCGUGGACUACGGUGAUAAGGUUGAGACACCCCCAAGACUCUCUGGGGAGCCCUACAACCUCACGGUGAACCGCUGA